GCACCGAAGCGGCCAAGCACGCACCCCAAAGUCCCAAACCCUCACCUCAACUCGAUAUCAAUCCUCCGCCUCAGAAUUCCUCUUCAGUCUUCACGGCGCGCCCUGACGCGAAGUCGCUGUUGGCCGCCUCCCGCCGAGCUCCAACUCCACCAGCCGGCUCUCGCUUCGUGGUCGUCCUCGACAUCGCCGACGCCGAGCUCCUCUUCCGCAGGUUGGUCUCCGAGCUCUUCCUCGUCGUCGGGCGCCAGCCAGCCGAAGGAUCUCCCGAGAUGGCGCUCCAGCUUGGCCCAACUGAUACGGCCGGACAUGAUCCGGCCGGAUCCGCGCCGAGAUCACCGCUCCCCCUCUUCGCCGCGCUCUGCGUCGUCUUCUCGGCGGUGCUGCACGCGGAGCCGCUCGCCGCCGCCGCCGCCGAUCUGCAUCUCCAACCGGGCGUCGUCGCCGGCGCCGUCCUCUCCGUCGUGGCUUUCUUCAAUCUCGCCAUCCUCUCGCUCAACUUCAUCGUCGUUCGCCGGCCAGCCGCCGCGGGACCCACGACCGCGACCGCCGGAGCAGCGCCGGCACCUGCCGCCUCUGCAUCGAGAUCUCCGGUCGCCUUCUUCAUGGGGCUCUGCCUCCUCAUGGGCGCGGCGCUGCACGCGGAGCAACUCGCCGACGCCGCCAAGGAGUACCAAAUCCACCCGGUCGUCGUCGUGAGCGUCGUACUCGCCGCCUCCGCGCUCUUCCACUUGGCAAUCCUCACCAUCUACAAGUCCCUGGCGCGCCAUCAAGCCGAGGACGAACCGAAGCAGCUGCGGCGCCCUCGAGGACUCCCUCUGCUCCCGUUCGUCGUCCUCGCGCUCGCCAUACCCACGGCGGCGUCCGCGGAUACGGUCAUGGCGGCAGGAGCGACUGAUCUCCCUCAGGACGCUUCCGUUUGGGCCUUACUGGCCCUCGCUGCCUCCUUCAACAUCGCUAUUGGCUCUCUGUACUGCUUCGUCAUAGCUGGAGCUCCACCGCCCGCCGCCACCGAUGUACAGCCACGGUUAUGGUCCAAGGCGGCCGGUGCCAUGGUUUCCUGCACCAUUGCCGCUGGUGUGCUGGUAUCGUGCAUGCUCCUUGCCAGUGGAGGUGCAGCAGGGGCUAUUAUAGCAGCCCCCAUUUGAAUUGGGUGUGUAUGUGUAUAUCAACUUGUUAUUCUUGCUAGCUGCGGUAACAAUAGUAAUGUAGUAAUAGUAGCUGCCCGCAGUAGUAAUGUAGUGAUAGUAGUUGUUGUGCUGGGUUUCCACUGUGUUCAUAAGCUGAUGCUAAAUUGUGAUAGUUCUGGUACUUCUUGUAACAAGUUAGCAAACAAAAUCCUUGUUUUGCACACAGUUUCAGCAUUUUUAGGUAGCAGACAGCAUACUUUGUGCUCUAUAGUGCUCUUUUGAAGAUUGAGGAAAAAAAAUAUAUGUUUGAUUUCCAGUUCUUGAUUAUAUUUAGUACAUUACUAACUGCUGAGCAUGCUGAGAAAUUUAUUACUGACCAAGUGACCAGUGACCACACCUCUGAAAAUGCAGCUGCAAAUUUAUUACUUACUGCACCUCUGAAACACAACUGGAAUGAAUAGUUGCGCAAUACGGAGCCAAAUCUAGUGCUUUGUACUGACCUGGCUCUUAUCAAUACGAAUCAGGGUAUAGUGCUACAAGUAGAGUUACUCAAUUUGAUACAUAGGAUGCUACUGAAAAUUGAGUAGUAAAGAGUCCUCCUAAAACAAAAGCAAGAGUGAUAUAACAUGUACACGCCAUUCUUUAUCCAGUAUGUUGCACAUUCACUUGAUAAUUUCUACUAAGGUCUAUACUCCAAGGAAGAAGCUUGACUAUACCUUUUAUUCUAAAAAAUAUUAAUGUACACAAAGUUUCUUAAUUAAUUUUGCAUGGGUAUGGGUGAAGUGGUGACUGAGAAGUAGCAGAGGACUCCCUUUUGAAGAAUAAGAUUCUCAGCAAUUUUGCUUUACACUCCCUAAAACUUCUUAAUGCAAUAGAUGCUGUCAAACUGUACUUUUACUGAUUAUAUAUCCGGCAAAUGCAGGCUGUUACUCUACGUUUUAAGGCCUAAAGCAUCUGUGUUGUCAUAGUGUUGAUUAAUGUUAGGGAGUUCAUGUUUUGCUAUGUGCUUAGCAAAAUGCUGCAGAAGGGGCAAUUGAUCAAGAUAUGAUUUGACCGUUGGCAAUCAUCAUUUAGCAUCAUACAUGGCAUAAGUUAUCGGUUCCCUGUGAUCCAGCACAGUAAUUUUGGAAACAACUGCCAAGCCAGAACCAGCAUUAACUACAAUUGUGAGCAUCAGUUCAUUGAGGAUGACAUUCUCUAGAUUAGAAGGACCAGAGGAGAAAUUUUUAGUAGGUCUUUUUCUAAUUGCAAUUUACAAGUUUGAAUGACUUGCAAAAUUUAGUUCUAAGAAGGCAUAAACCACUUUUCCUCUUAGAGUAAAUUUUGCUACUUUUGCACCCAUAUAAUUGGAAAUCCUAAAAGCAUUUAAGCUUUUUAUUCCCUAUAUGUGCAUAGACUGGUAAUAUUUCCAUCUUUGCUAAGUGGGCCCAUCUUCUGGCUUAUUUCAUUUGUCUUUUUAAGCAAAUUCUCAGAAUUCAUCUUUUCCAACCUGUAGAAUCUUCCUGAUAUUAUUAAGUCUGCUUUUUAGUUAUUAUUAUUGGCCUGUAUAUCAAUGCACCUUUACAGAAUUUUUCAUCAGAUGAAACCAUUUGAUCAUGAUAAGGUUGCUAGUUUUCCAAGUUUAAUUUCAUUCUGUUGUAUCUCUCGACUUUCUCUGCUAUUAUGAGUUGUUCUGGGUUCUGGAUAAAAUGAUAUCUCUGCAGUUUAUGCCUUUUGAAUAGUAUGUUGACCAUAUCAGUGACUGUUUCUGAAGUUCUGUACUUUUUCUUCCCCAGUUGAUCAGUUUCAUCCUAAAGGUUGCAGGAAUCCAUGUUAUUUGAGUAGAAACUGAAGUUUUGUUAGGAUCUCUGUGUAUGAUUGCCAUCUGUUGCAUGAUAGCAUGAAUGUUAUGGGAGAUGUUGAUAUACGAGGCAGCUAACUCAUUUGUGAAAUUUCUUCUGUUUUUAUUAGAGAAGCAUUUUUUUAACUCACAUGUUUCUGAAUAAUUAUUAUUACUUUUCUUUAAACAAAUAUGAUUGAUCAGAAUAGAACGACCUGCAGAAUAUUCAGAACUAUCAACUAUUCAGUGGAAGAGGUACCCUGUGCAUAGCUGGGUAACAAAACUUGAACUAUUUAGGUGAAACUGGGCUUGGCAGCACCUUGUGAAUAACUUAAGAGUCACAUUAGAGCCUAUUUUUGUCACUUCUUACUGCGUGAUAUCUGUUCAGAUAGCUUCUGAAACUAACUUCUGUCAACGGGUUGCAGUUGUGGCUUGCUGUGCACAAAUCUGCUGAUGGAACCUGGUUCCUUUUGCCGUGGUCUUCAUUUUGUCAGUUGUAGCUUGCUGUGCACAAAAAUCUUGAUGAAACCUGGUUCCUUUCUGCGCUGUCUUCAUUUUUGUCAGAACUUGAGAUUCAAAAGGUACUCUGCGCACAUCUAAUAAACCUUGAAGUCUGGUGGUGGAAAUGGACAUGGAGGCACUAUGUGUAGCUUGAUGUGUAGCUUGCAUUCUUUUCGGGGACUUGCUAUUAUUCUACUGCUGAAUGCAGGAUAUCAAUGUUUGACAUUUCA